UCGCUGAUCGUCCAACCAAACCRAGGACUUAAACGAGACACGGAAGAGACUCAUCGAAGCCGAAAAAAAKCAAACAAACAAACAAACAGCCGACAGGAUGAAGGCAAUAAGCCCCGUGCGGUCCUUCCGGAAAAGCAACGCCAAUUUCUCGGAGCACUCCUCAGCCUUGGGGAUCUCCCGGAGCAAGACCCCGGUGGACGACCCGCUCAGCCUGCUGUACAACAUGAACGACUGCUACUCCAAGCUGAAGGAGCUCGUGCCCAGCAUCCCGCAGAACAAGAGCGUGAGCAAGAUGGAAAUCCUGCAGCACGUCAUCGACUACAUCCUGGACCUGCAGAUCGCGCUGGACUCCAGCGUGGCGCUCACCAGCCUGCAUCACCCCGCGCGGACGGGGCAGCAGACUCCGUCCAGGACCCCCCUGACCACCCUCAACACAGACAUCAGCAUCUUGUCAUUACAGUCCCCGGAGCUGCCGUCAGAGCUGCUGACAGAUGACAGCCGGACUCUGCAUCGUUAAAGCGGUGUUUGGUCAAGACGCAAAACACACACACACUCUCUCUCUCUCUCUUACACACACACCCACACACACACACAUACACCCGUGCGCACACAGGACCUGAGGAGCAGGACUUUUACCCACCCCUCCACUCAGUCCCUCCAGCCUCUGCCCUCCAGGCCUGGACCUUUUUUUUUCUUUUUUUCCCAUCAUGACGCAGAAAUCAAGAGACUUUUCUUUGGCUUAUUGUGGGACAAUCUUUAUGUGAUGUGUUUUCUGUUUUGGACACCUCGUUAAUAUUUAAUUUAAGACUUUUUAUUUUAUUUUUGUGAAGUCCUUUCUGGAAAAAAUGGAAGGCGCGUUCUGUUCCCAGCAUUGGGAGGAAAAAAAAUAAAAACCGAGAGGCUUCUUUCUCCCCCCCAAACCCUCCCUCCCUCCCUCCCUCACCCCCUUGUCCUUGUUGAACUCUUCGCUUUUUUUGCGGAGGUGUAUGGAAACAAAACGACCUGAUUUUAGUUUCUGUACAAAAGUUUAAAAAAAAUAAAAUAAAAAUAAGAAGGUUAGUCUUGUCUUGUCAGAAUUGUUGGCACAUGUAGGACUGGACGAUGUAAAGAGGGGGGUGAAGUAAAAGAAACCAACAACAACAACAAAAAAAAAAAAAAAAGCUAAAAAUGAAAACUUUGUGAAACUCUCUCCGGGAGUUUAUCUUGUAUAGUUGCAGGAAUUUGAAACUUCUGCAAAAAGUGUAAUGUUGUACUUAAUUAUGCUGAGACUUUUUAUAAAAGUAAUGUAAAUUGUACCUUUUUUAUACAAAAUAAAUUAAAAAAACACAAGCUGGAA